GGAUCAUGUAGCCUCCGUGAUGAUAUUAACUGUGUUCUUGAGCAACAAUGAACAGAUUUUAACAGAAGUUCCUAUAACACCAGAAACAACAUGUCGAGAUGUUGUAGAAUUUUGCAAAGAACCUGGAGAAGGCAGUUGUCAUUUAGCUGAAGUGUGGAGGGGAAAUGAGCGUCCCAUACCCUUUGAUCAUAUGAUGUAUGAACAUCUUCAGAAGUGGGGGUCUCGAAGGGAAGAAGUGAAAUUUUUCCUUCGACAUGAAGAUUCCCCACCUGAGAGCAGUGAACAAGGUGGCCGUCAGACCCAAGAGCAAAGAACUCAGAGAAAUGUAAUAAACAUACCUGGAGAAAAACGCACUGAAAAUGGGGUUGGGAAUCCACGUGUUGAACUUACCCUCUCAGAGCUCCAAGAUAUGGCAGCUAGGCAACAACAGCAAAUUGAAAAUCAGCAGCAAAUGUUGGUUGCUAAGGAACAGCGAUUACAUUUUCUAAAGCAACAGGAGCGCCGCCAGCAGCAGUCUAUUUCUGAAAAUGAAAAGCUUCAGAAGUUGAAAGAACGAGUUGAAGCCCAGGAAAAUAAGCUGAAGAAAAUCCGUGCCAUGAGAGGACAAGUAGACUACAGCAAAAUUAUGAAUGGCAAUCUGUCUGCUGAAAUAGAAAGGUUCAGUGCCAUGUUCCAGGAAAAGAAGCAGGAAGUACAGACUGCAAUUUUAAGAGUUGAUCAGCUCAGUCAGCAAUUGGAAGAUUUAAAGAAAGGAAAACUGAAUGGGUUCCAGUCUUACAAUGGCAAGCUGACAGGACCAGCAGCAGUGGAGUUAAAAAGACUAUACCAAGAGCUACAGAUUCGUAACCAGCUUAACCAGGAACAGAAUUCAAAACUCCAGCAGCAGAAGGAACUCUUAAAUAAGCGUAACAUGGAGGUGGCUAUGAUGGACAAGCGAAUCAAUGAACUACGUGAACGUCUUUAUGGGAAAAAAAUUCAGCUGAGCCGUGUGAAUGGCACGUCGUCGCCGCAGUCACCUCUGAGCACACCUGGCAGGGUUGCUGCAGUGGGGCCGUACAUCCAGGUUCCCAGCGCCAGCAGCUAUUCUGUUCCGGGGGACCCUGUGAAGCCCCAGUCUCUCACUGUUGCCCCAAGUGCUGCCCAUGGAAGAUCCAAAUCCGCCAACGAUGGAAACUGGCCAACAUUAAAACAAAAUUCUAGCUCUUCAGUGAAACCAGCGCAGAUGCCCAGUGUGGACUGGAAGGACUCAAGCGUGGAGGGGCCUCUCAAGCAGGGGACGGUCUCAAGCCAGCCUGUGCCUUUGUCGGCUUUAGGAGCCACAGAGAAGCUGGGCAUCGAGAUUGGUAAAGUGCCACCCCCUAUCCCUGGUGUCGGCAAGCCACCGCCUCCGAGCUAUGGGACGUACCCAAGUCCUGCUCCCGUGGGCCCAGGGUCGACAAAUUCCCUGGAGAGGAGAAAGGAGGGCAGCUUGCCCAGGCCCAGCGCAGGCCUGCCCAGUCGGCAGAAACCUGCACCGCUGCCCACUGCAGGCAGCACCCACCAGCCAGGUUCCUCGCAGCAGAUUCAGCAGAGGAUUUCUGUGCCGCCAAGUCCCACGUACCCAUCAGUGGGGCCACCUGCAUUUCCAGCUGGGGAUGGCAAACCUGAACUCCCCCUGACUGUGGCCAUUAGGCCCUUUCUGGCUGAUAAAGGGUCAAGGCCACAGUCCCCCAGGAAAGGACCCCAGACAGUGAAUUCAAGUUCCAUAUACUCCAUGUAUCUCCAGCAAGCCACACCACCUAAGAAUUACCAGCCAGCGGUGCACAGCACUUUAAAUAAGUCGGUUAAAGCAGUGUACGGUAAACCUGUUUUACCAUCCGGUUCAACGUCCCCCUCCCCAUUACCGUUUCUUCAUGGGUCGCUGGCCACAAGCACGUCGCAGCCCCAGCCACCUUCAGAAAGUGCUGAGAAAGAGCCAGAGCAGGACAGCCCUGCCCCACCUGGAGAUGGCACGGGCACUGUGGAGAGCCUGCCGCGGCCGCUCAGCCCCACCAAGCUCACACCCAUCGUGCACUCGCCACUGCGCUACCAGAGCGACGCCGAUCUGGAGGCCCUGCGCAGGAAGCUGGCCAACGCGCCCCGGCCCCUGAAGAAGCGCAGCUCCAUCACGGAGCCCGAGGGCCCUGGCGGGCCCAACAUCCAGAAGCUGCUAUACCAGCGCUUCAACACUCUGGCUGGGGGCAUGGAGGGCACCCCUUUCUACCAGCCCAGCCCCUCACAGGACUUCAUGGGCACCCUAGCCGAUGUGGACAAUGGAAAUACCAACACCAAUGGGAACCUGGGAGAGACCAGCCCCGCCCAGCCCACAGCCCCGCUCCCCACCGAGCCUGCCCCAUCCUCAGACGCCAACGACAACGAGCUCCCUUCUCCUGACCCAGAGGGGCUCAUCUGUCCCCCAACCACCCACCAAACAGCUGAGCCUGCCGAGGACGACAACAACAACAUAGCCACAGCCCUGUCCACAGAGCAGGUCCCCAGCCCUGGGGCCGAGGCCCCCUCUCCAGGGGAAGAGCAAGUCCCUCUCCCACUUCCCCCUGCCGUGCUCCCGCCAGCAGCCUCUACGAGUAAACGGACCAACCUGAAGAAGCCUAAUUCCGAGCGGACGGGGCACGGCCUGAGAGUCCGGUUCAACCCCCUGGCGCUGCUCCUAGAUGCUUCUCUGGAAGGAGAGUUUGACUUGGUGCAAAGGAUCAUCUACGAGGUGGAAGACCCCAGCAAGCCCAACGACGAAGGGAUCACCCCACUGCACAAUGCGGUCUGCGCCGGCCACCACCACAUCGUGAAGUUCUUGCUGGACUUCGGGGUCAACGUGAACGCUGCUGAUAGCGAUGGCUGGACGCCGCUGCACUGCGCCGCCUCUUGCAACAGCGUGCACCUCUGCAAACAGCUAGUAGAGAGCGGCGCCGCCAUUUUUGCCUCGACCAUCAGCGAUAUUGAAACUGCUGCAGACAAGUGUGAAGAGAUGGAGGAAGGCUACAUCCAGUGUUCCCAGUUUUUAUAUGGGGUGCAGGAGAAGUUGGGCGUAAUGAACAAAGGAGUGGUGUAUGCUCUGUGGGCCUAUGAGGCCCAGAACAGUGACGAGCUGUCCUUCCACGAGGGCGAUGCCAUCACCAUACUAAGGCGCAAGGACGAAAGCGAGACUGAGUGGUGGUGGGCUCGCCUCGGGGACCAGGAGGGCUACGUGCCCAAAAACCUGCUGGGGCUGUAUCCCCGGAUCAAACCCCGACAGCGAACGCUCGCCUGAACUGCCCACUGGAGCACCCACCGCACAGGCUCGCCAGCGACGAGGAGCCACUGGAGAGAUCGUUCUGCUGUUUCCCCAGGAAAGCUGAAGCCAGAAAUGGUUUUAAUGGUGCUCACUUUAGCAGACAGUGUCCAAAAUGUGAAAUUGCUGCAGUUUCUAGGUGAGGCCCUUUCUCCAGUUUGCCCAUAACUGGGAGAGGUACUUUCACCUCUGAGAAGACUGAAUUUUGCCAAUUACUAUAAAUCUAAAUAAAUACCCAGCUUUCUAAACAACUGCCCCUGUUGCCAAUAAGAAGCCCUAUGAUACCCCUAGUUGGUUGCCAAUGAAGACAAAUGCCCUGACUGACUUGGCCCCAAGGCCGUUCCUCGUUCUUGAUGUCAUCCCACCCCCCAAUAGUGAAAACUUACAGCUGCCAUGAGGUGCGCCCCCCGCUACAGCCCCACCCUCCUGUUACUGGGCAUCACAGACACCCACCAUCCUCUCACCCUCACCACACGCGUUUCUUCCCCUUGUGACCAAAGGAGCCCCUGUAUGGAAACUCCUACCCAGUGGUGGUGCCUGGUGUGUGUGUCCUGGCGUGGGUGCUCCACUUCCUGUUCCGGAUGUUGGUCUAGGUCACCUACAGGCUGAUGGCGCUGAGCUGGACUUCCAUGCCCUGGGCACAAGGGCCCUUGAGACCAGGUGAUGCUGUCAGGAGCCUCAACACAGCACUGCCUUUUCUGUGGCCUCUUGCUGCCCAGGUGUGGUUCUUACCCCUCACAACGUGGACGUGCUGUGCUCUGAGUGCAGGCAGACCCUGCAGCCCACGGGCCAGGAGGCUGAGGGUGGUCAGCGGGGGUGGGGUGGACAUGGGGAAGCCUGCGCGUCAGGAGGGGCAGCUGUGGGGCAGAAGGGCCAGGGGCCCAGCCUCCCCAGUCCGGCCAGCUGUGAUGCAAUAACCUUUGCCCCAGGUCCAGACUGAAAGCAAGUAAGGCACUUCCCUGAAGUCUGAACUGUACACACAGGCUUUUAUAUACCAGAAGUAUUUUUUGACUAGACCAUUUAAAACUACCAGAAUGACAGACAUUGGAAAUGUUGUUUUCUCAUUAAAAUCCAGGCCCUUAGCCUUUAUUUUCCAUGCACGAGUCUUGUGUAUAAUUUAUGUAUAAAUAUGUGUAUAGCUCUGUUGCUGUAGUUGAUCACCUAAUUUAAGCAUUGCUUGUACACAGUGUGGUGAUGAAAGUGAACACCCUUGUGGGGCAGCCUCUGCUGCUGGAAGCAAUUGCUGUGUCCCGACACCGCUGCCACGUGUCACUGUGCACAAUAAACGCUGUCUCCCACUGCG